CUCGUCAGCGCACCGGUUCGACGCAUGCGCAGAUGACUAACUUCCUGUUUCCUGACCGCUGAAUAACAACAACAGCAGACUCUUCUCUCUGUGCUCCGUGCGUGUUUCCCCGUUCUUUAAUUUCAGGUGAUAUCUGUGUCCGAGUCCACCUGUCUCACCUGUCCGUCUGUCUGUCUACAUGCGCGCUCCCGUGUGCGCGGCGCUGCUGGUGUGGGUGCUGAGCGAUGCGGCGGCUCGUCAGUUCUCGGAGGAGGAGAUGGCUGCUGUCAGACAGCGCAUCAAAUCCAUGUUCUACCACGCCUACAACAGUUACCUUGACAACGCCUUUCCCUAUGAUGAGCUCCGCCCUCUCACCUGCGAUGGACAGGACACCUGGGGCAGUUUCUCGCUCACUCUGAUUGACGCCCUCGACACUCUGCUGGUUUUGGGAAACCAUACAGAGUUCCAGCGAGUGGCAUCGCUCCUCCAAGACACCGUCGACUUCGACAUCGACGUCAACGCGUCCGUGUUUGAAACCAACAUCAGAGUUGUGGGUGGUCUGCUGUCAGCCCAUCUCUUGGCGAAGAGGGCGGGAAUGGAGCUGGAGCCCGGGUGGCCCUGCUCAGGACCGCUGCUGAGGAUGGCCGAGGACGCCGCCAGGAAACUGCUACCUGCGUUUGAGACUCCCACCGGCAUGCCGUACGGUACGGUGAACCUUCUGCGUGGCGUCAGUCCCACUGAGACACCGGUCACCUGUACCGCUGGCGUGGGAACCUUCAUCCUGGAGUUCGCCACACUGAGUCGACUAACGGGAGACCCGACAUUUGAGAACGUCGCCCGCCGAGCCCUGAGAGCCCUGUGGAAGACCAGAUCUGACAUCGGACUGGUGGGGAACCACAUCGACAUCGUGUCCAAGAAGUGGGUCGCUCAGGAUGCCGGUAUUGGCGCGGGAGUCGACUCGUACUUCGAGUAUCUGGUCAAAGGAGCCGUUAUGCUGCAGGAUGAAGAGCUGCUCAGCAUGUUUCAGGCGUAUGAUCGAGCCAUCCAGAACUACACCCGCUUUGACGACUGGUACCUGUGGGUGCAGAUGCACAAAGGAACCGUGUCCAUGCCCAUUUUCCAGAGUCUGGAGGCCUUCUGGCCCGGCCUGCAGUCUCUGCUGGGAAACCUGGACAGUGCCGUGAGAACUUUCCAGAAUUAUUAUUCUGUGUGGAGACAGUUUGGAGGACUGCCAGAGUUUUACAGCAUCCCUCAGGGUUACACUGUGGAUAAGAGAGAGGGCUACCCACUGAGACCAGAGCUAAUCGAGAGUGCCAUGUACCUGUUCAGGGCAACAGGUGAUCACACCUAUCUCCAGCUGGGCCUCGACGCUCUGGAGUCCAUCGAGAAGAUCGCCAAGACGCCGUGUGGAUACGCCAGCGUUAAAGACCUGCGAGAUCACCAGCUGGACAACAGGAUGGAGUCCUUCUUUCUAGCUGAAACCAUCAAGUACCUCUACCUGCUCUUUGACCCCGCCCACUUUCUGCACGGCGGAGGGACGGAGGACGGGUCGUGGGAGGAGGGUGGAGAGUCGGGGGAGUGUGUGUUAGGGGCAGGGGGGUUCAUCUUCAACACGGAGGCUCACCCUCUGGACCCAGCGGCGCUGUACUGCUGCGGCCGGCACGACCAGGACCACCAGGAGCUCCAAGACAUCCUGCUCACCCUGUCGCAGCCCGGCAGCCAAUCAAAACCACCUCCCAAACAGACAGAGGGACAGCCGGGCAGCCAAUCGGAGAGCAUCGCUCUGAAACCCGGAGAGAAGAAGACGCCCCCUCUGCUGUCCUGCUCCGUUCAGCCGUUCAGCGCUCGGCUCUCCAUCCUGGGACAAGUUUUUACCGACAACACGUGAGACUGUUCGACUUCCUCCGAGCGUCUCGCCCUGAGCGACUGUGAGACCCCGAAUUUCGAGGUUUCCGAUUGUUAAACUGUUCAGACAUUCCUACACAGAUCUACUGUGGUUCGCUUCUUGUUGCUAUGAAGGAUCUCAGGACCUUUGCUGUGCUUUGUCGACUCAAAUGUAAUUUAAAUUAAAGAGAAAAUAUAUUUUUAUUUAAAACAAAUGUUAUUUGUUCUCUAUUUUACACGGUUGGUGAUGAGGUGUUUUUUGUGCAGUACAGGGCUUUUGUUUGGUUCUCUGAAUUCCUAACAGUGUGUCGGUCACCACUAUGACUCCCACUGGGGCAUGGACGCACCACCUUGGGGUGGUGGUGGGGGGUGGUUGUCCUGCGGUGUCUGGCACUGGGAUUCUUGCAGCGGAUUGGUUGGUUCCUUUGAGGAUGUUGGGUGGUGCGUCCGUGGAUGGCGAUUGCUCGGUUUCGUCCAUCUGACGGCUGGUAUGUGUCAGAGCCACACCCACAUCAAUGCCAGGACCCAAACAAUAUUUCCUUCAUAUUUUAGUGGUUCUGUUGUUGUGGCUGAUCGCUGUAGUUUACAGUUGUUUGUUACAAUAAGUGGCACACCUUCAGCUUCUGUGAACCUGCCUCCAUUAUUCUGUGAAACCUGUUUGUUUAUCCUGUGUGCGUUUACUGUCGUCGAUAUAGUUACAUCACAACAUGAUCCUCUACACCAAAGAAAUAGAGAAAUGUCUGAAGGUCAUCACAAUAUAAGGUUUUAAUGACUUUGAUGUGGGAUGAUGUACAACCAUGCAGCUCCACUGCAGAGGUAAAUGUGUCUAACUACAGAAACGACAGUCAGGUCACCGAGCUUGAGCAGUCUGCAUUAACUUCCCUUUGCACCAUUUAAGGUUUCAUCUUCACACUGAGAGUUUCUGUGACCAGCCAACGGUUUCUGACAUGUGGGGACAGAUUUAUAACUUUCCAAAACAGACGGGAAGUGUUUUCCCCUCUAAAUCCAGGAUCCAGACCUCUGAGUACAAAAGACAGGAGUCAAACUGAUUAAACUUUAAGUGUUUCUAUGAGAGUAGUUAAAAUUCUGUCAGAGUGUUGACUGGAUUGCAAAUGGAGCUUUGUGCAAGUUUACAUCCCUGCCAGCAGGAAUCAGGAGUAAUAAUGGGCUCAUGUUCAGGAGCCUUUGUCACUGUGGUUACAAUAAAACCAGCAGACAGAACAAUAGUCCAACAAAUUAAAGAAUUAAUAGCACGUGAGCGUGCUGGCAGUGUUUGUGUGGGCCGUGUGGGUGUCUGUGUUCGCAGCAGCCAGAGGGAGGCAGUGUUUCGCCUCCAUAGUGCCAAAGUAUGUCUGGCAUCUGGGAGUCAGGAUCCUACAGAGACGAACACGUGUCACAUUAUACAGAACACAAAAUCAUGAACCUUCUAUAGUUUUCGUAAUGUCUGCUUCUUGGACUGAUUUCAUGUAAACCAUUCGUUUCAUGCAACAUUUCCCCGAGAAGCACAGCUGCAAGUGACUGAAUAUUUAUUACUGAUUAAAGUGUACAUGACUAACAAA